CAAACUUCUCGGUUUGCCUUAAGUAUACUACCCAUAUGGGUUAUGCGUUUUGUAAGAUUCUUUUACGGCUCUAUACUGUUAUCGAUAAGACGUUAACGGUUUGCAAAACAGUCGCUCUGUAAUUCUUUUGGUUGUGCUAUCUGUUGUGGAAGAAAUAUAGCAAAUUAUGAAUACACACAUCAUCAUAAUGUUGUCCGUGAUCGUUUGUACGACGUGUCCUCCUCCGGCCACGAUUAAGUACAGAGAGAUUAUAACGCGUCAGAAAGCGGCGCAUAACUUUUUGACGUUAUUAAGAAAAAUGACGACCACGUUCCAGAAAAAGGUAAAAGUGUCCAUAACAGCUAACCGCGACAAGGAAUCUCUGGACGGCCACGACCACGAAGAAAGCGACGAAUUCUUUUCCCACGAACAUUCGAUCGACGACGAUGUGCGCAUGUAUUUCAUAAACAAAAAAUAUCCGACGCCCAAACCGAUAUCGGCCGCCAACUUCCGCGAAGUCAUACAAAGCGACGUCGCGGACUUACCGCUCAAAGUACUCAUAAACGGAUGGAGUUCGGACAACAGACUUUUCUAUCAAACUCUGAUCCCAGCCUACAUAAACCCUUCCGCGCUACUCAAAGUCAACGUAUUGCUGGUGGAUUGGACGGCUCUGGACCGCGAAAACAACUAUCCCAAAUCGUCGUUAAUAACGGCCGUGGUCGGUCAAAAAGUGGCCGCCAUGCUCGGCACUCUGGUGAAAAACCGAGUGAUUCAGUCCCAACACAUUCACCUGAUCGGAUACAGCAUGGGUGCUCAUGUAGCGGCUACCGUAGGGGAAAAACUAAAGACGGGCCUAGGAGCGCCCACCGUCGGUCGAAUCACAGGACUCGAUCCUGUGUACCCGUGUGUGGAAGGUUCAGUGGUGGACAAAUGCUUGGACAAGUCACAUGGCGUUUUUGUCGACGUCAUACACACUUUCACCACGCACGAAUUCGGCAGACCGCCCGUUGGAACGGUAGACUUUUACCUGAAAAUCGAUUCCGACUUGAGAACCAAAACGACCAGAUCAAACCUGUUGGAAACGAAUGAACUGAAAACAGUAGAAUUAUUUUCGGAAUCCAUAAAAAAUAUCAAAGUCGUGCAAUGUUGCAAUUGGGAAGAUUUUUCUUUGAGCUCGUGCAACGAUAACAAAGUCAUCGUGAUGGGUGAACACGCAAAUGAAGAAUAUCGUGGAAAGUUUUACUGUCAUUUACCUACAAAAGCUUCGGCGAAAGUAGAAAUGUAAGAAUGAAAACAAUUAUUGAAGAAUUGAAAUUAUUUAAAGAUAAAAAGGAAACGGGUCAAAUUUAAGUGUUACUAAAUUACGUCAAUGAUUUAUUUUCAUAAAAACAAAAAAAAA